GGAAAUGUACGUGUAAAUCGCUAUGUAUGGUAUUUUAAACAUUUUCUGAGUUAACAUGCAUGCCGAUAACAACGGGCUGCAACUAUGGAAUGUAAUCCAGAAGACGAGACACCAUCAAAGUAUCCGUUGGGAAGAGAAAAGAAGGAAUCUGCGAAACUUCUCUUUCAAUAUUUUUGCGACAACUUGUCCAGUGGCCGGUGGGAGGUAGCGGCGUCUUGCGUCGAGCAACUUUCACUAUCAGCUGAGUACCGAAAGAAGACCAAAGACGUCCUGAAAGAUGUAAUUGAGGAUCCUUAUGGCAAAAGUGAAGGGGGAGAUAACCUAUUGUCACCCCAUCAUCUGUCCUGGCUCUGUUUGACUGAAUAUAAAAAUCUGUUGACAGCCAGUGGAGAGGCUGAUGAUCUACAGUCUUUAACUAAAGAUGUGGAAUUCAGGCUGCUGUUGACAGAGUUUACACAGAAUCCCUCAUCUACUAUCAUUAAGGAAAUAUACCAGUAUCACAGACACAUUUCUGGUUUAAAAUCCACCUCAUCUAGUCCUUCACUAAGGGAUAGCCAUAAAUACCUGUCACCAUCAGCUCUUACAUUUCUCAAAUCUAGCCUAGAGACAGAACCUGCCAUUGGUCAUGCUGUCAUCACUGCUAUCAAGGUCAAAGGCCAGGCAAACUACAGAGUUCAGAAUGAGGCCUUGGAGAAACUGUACAUCGACAAUGUGCUUUACUGCCUGGAGAGGCUGUCUGAACUACAAAGUGAAAGUGAAAAUGAAAGGGAUAACGUAAAAGAAAAACUGUACACCAUACUAUCACUGUAUGAUCCCGAACCCAGUCUUAAUCAGAAACAUUUAACAUCGUUGUUGGGCAUGUUGAUAAAAUCAUGUGAUGAGAAUGGAGAAAGUCUGGACAGAUAUCGUCUAUACUCCUGCCUGCUCAGCAGGAAGGAUAAUUACCUGAUUAAUCAGUUCUUAAUAAUGGACAACGAGCUGCAAAAAGAAAAAAUGAAUACAAAAAGUGACAACACUCUCCAGCCACUGGAGGAUUGUCAGCAAAUGCAGGCUGACCUGUUAUCUAUGUGCAUGUAUGCGAACAGAGACAAAGCAUGGAGACAGUUCCUCAUCACCGUACUGCAGCAGCGCCAUCACUUUCUUGACCAGAUUGUGCGUACAGCCCUGGGAUUUAUACAGACUGAGCAGUUUGAUGAACUAGAACAGCUGUUUACCCCUGAGGAGUUAUGGCCCCUGAAACCACUUAUUGUCCUGAUUGGCUGGAAUCACUGCUACACCUCAACCAAUGCAAGACGGCUUCUGUCUGUUCUGCGGACUGAUCAGAUUGUGAGUAAGUCUGGUGCUUUGGACAGAUGUUGUAACAAACUGGCCUAUCAGCUGGACCUCAUUGAAUGGUGUCUGGAGAAAACAAGACUCCGAGAACAAAAGAAGACCUCCAGCUGUGGACAAAAGGCUACUGAUUUGUUCCGCACACUGGAGAGCCACUCGGUUCUAUAUGUCCUUCAUCAUGCCGCUAAGCUCUCCUCAUUGGAUGAGACAGAGGUGCUGGGGUUGCUGGAGAGAACACCCAACCACACAGAAACCAUGAAUGAUAACCUCAGCACGAGAACAGUGAGGUUUGCUGAUGAGAAUGUGGAAAAUGGGGACCAGGAGGGAAUUCAGCCAAUCAGCUUAGAGCAAGAGAGGGACAUCUCCAUAUACAGAAGUUACUGUGCCUUAAAGAAUGUCAUGCAUGCUAUAAAGACUUGCUUAGAUUAUGCUCAUGUUGAUCUCAUGAACCCAACUCAGAAGAAAGUAAGACGGAAACUCUCAUCAACCAGUAUGAGUAGUACUGUGAGGGAGUCUGUUCAGAGUGACCUUGGUGAUCAGGCAUCGACCUCUGCUACAGACCUUGACCUUCAAGAUGGUGCUCAAUUCCAGGAGUUUUACAACAGGGAUAUUUGGUCAAAAUUGGAAGCUGUUAAGGAGCAUUUAUCAGAAGUCUUUCCCUUGACAUUUCGUCUUGAAAUUUUAGAGAAUAUAUUUUCGUUAUUAUUUAUCACUCAUAAGGACAUUCAAGAAUCGCUGCAGUCGGACUCAGAAAGUGGAGACGCUGGAGUUGAGGAUGUUAAGUCAUCACCUGGUGUUGAUCAUCAAAACUUUAGUAAUAUUAUCUCUGAUGAUGACUCAUCAAAGACAAAAUCAGAAAGCUCACAGAAAGUUGGCACUGUUGUCUCAGCAGCCAUGACAGCUAGCGCGGAAUCACAUCCAUCUACUUUAGACUUUGACGAACCAUUUGAAAGUAUUUAUGCAAAAGAGAUGAAGGGCAAAAAGGCUGGAGAGCAAACAAAAACCCCAUUAGUGCCCAACGGAAAGCCGAAGUUAAAACCAUUAAAACUGAGGGAUGACCUUCAGUUUGUCAGACCGAGGUCGCCUGCAGUAGAUAGUAGUCAGCCGAUUUCUGCUACAAGUACGCUAAGCACUGGCAGCGUACAAAGUUUGUUCAGACUGGGUUUCAUGACAAAUGAGUAUGUUGUGAGGGAUUUACUGCAUAUUCUACGCGACUGCCUUUUUGAGCUGAACACAGUGAAAUUUCGACUUGCCGGCAAAGAUCGAGACACGAGCACAGCAGACAAGAAAUCUCUUCCGCUGAAAAUUAACGCAGAAACAGAACGGCGUUUAACAAAGGUUGUGCCGUGUGCUGUGAGCCCUGACAAACUACAGAAGCGGACAUCACGACUGACUCAGUUUGUAAGUGAGGCGCAGUGGCGGUAUCAGCUCGUGGCUCACCCUGACAUUCCCAAACAGCCGGGUCAUGUGCUUACAGAAACUGUGCUGCCCGAGACUAACAGUUCUGACGAGGACUAUGAAGACAGGUGUCAAGAGACAGAAAAACGGCGGGUUAAACGUAUCUUCAAAAGUGGACACAAUUGUUCAGAUGAAACCGGUGGUGGGGAGACAACUGGCAGUCAGUACACUGAUGGUGGAUAUGACAGCUCACGGCAGAGACGAGCACGAUCUUCCAGCCGACGUAAGUCUGUGGGAACAUCGAAAGUUGCAAAGCUCACAACAGGCAUCAUACCAUCGAUGUUGUCUUCUCCAAGAUCCCUUCUGAAUCUCUGUUUGAAGCGGAAUCAACCAGGCCAGGCUGGCCAAGUUGUCAAGAUGUUUAACAUGGAUGGUAGCCCAGAAAUAGCUGAGGUGGCAUUUUCAGCAUUGUAUUCAGAGGCUGUAAAAAAACUGCACAGUUUUGGCUCAAAAUCAGGCCGUGAAAUGGGCGGAGCUUCGGGAAAGUCUGGUCGAAUCAGCAUGAAGAUGUUAGCUAAUGUGGCAGCUGCUGCCAUGGCAACUGCAUCUGUCUCCAGCAUUACAGAUGAUUUGCUGUCAUCUUCAUCAUUGCCAGUGUUGCCGUCCCCACAAAAUACAGAGACAGUGCCCAUACAACUGACAGAGUUUUUCCAUGCAGGAAUUGUUCCAUGUUUGGUUGUGGGAGAUCUGACCUUCACUGCAUGCCACUCAUGGGAUCUAUGCAAUAAUCUGCUUGAGAUUACCAAAAGUUUGGAGGUCAAGGUCACUGUGACGGGAAACCCUGAAGUGAAACCUUCAGCAGACAAAAAGGGAGUGAAAGAGUUUAAACCAACUGGCCCUGUCCUUUUACUGGAUCAGCUGCGAGAAUUGGUUCAGUUUGCGUUGAACUGUCAAAGCCCAGAGUCAACGACUGCCGACCAGAUUUUGAUGAGAAAAGUUAUUGGAUGCAGCCCUGAGUCUUGUUUACUGCUCUCCACUCAUCCCAUCAACACCUCAGGCUGCCGCAACCUGCUCGCCGCCAUUGAAGUGCUGAAAAAAAUGGUGGAGAAGGCCCAGUCAGUCCUGGUGAUCAAGUCGGCAAGCCCCAAGCCAUCAAGGGAGAGAACCUCGUCUGAGUCUUCACUGGGAAUGCUUCAUGGCAGCCCACAAUCCUUCAGUAAACAGGAACAGCCUGUGGUACACAAUGCCAUGAAACUUCUGAUCCAUGCACUGGAGAAGCACAUCCCAACAGGAGGCUUCAUCCUGCACUUUAUCAGGAACUUCACAGACAGUAUCCCAGCUACCCGUAACUAUCUGCUCAGCCUGUAUGACCAUGUGAAGGAAUUGGCCUUUCUCGUUGCUGAAUGUGAGGCCAAAUCAAAAGAUGCUGUCGUAGUGCCAACAAAUUAUUUCAGAAUGCUGGAGGAAGGACCUAUAGUUACUCUUGGCAGACUUAUGUUUGUUAAAAAGAUGCAGCCAGCAAGGCUUGAGAAAGUUGCUCAAAAGCUAAGUCUGAACCUGACCCACAUCAUAGUACGUAGCUGUUGUCCCAGGGUGCCCAGUAAGCAUAUGAGAGAGCUGCUCCCUCACCAGAUGUCUGACAUUCAUUAUACACCUGAUGGUCGUGUGGUACUAAAUGAAGGAUAUCAACAGUGCAACUCUCCCAGGCACCCAGAAAUUGUGACAAGAAGUCUGCUGUCUAAACUAGUACAAUUUAUGCGAGAUAUUGCACAGAGGAACAAUGCUCGUGGGAUAUUCACCUCAGCUUGUGCAGAAAUUACUGUGCAGACGACAGAGUUUAAUGAAAUCUCUAUGGCAACUCAGGAACUGAAAUAUGUCCAGCUUGACCUGUUGAAAUCAAGAGAAGAGAAGAUUUGUUUCUAUGGCAACCUACAGAAUUUAUUAACCCUCCAUUGCUACCUGUUCCAUACCCUAAAGCAUGUAAAUAAUCGGGACUGGAAAGAUGACCGUGGAAUUUUGGACUGUGUGAUUCAGUCCAAUUCUGUGGCUUAUUACAUUGGACAGCUGGGAAUUGUCAGUUUGUUCGAUCUAAAGUAUGUGAUAAACAGAUGUGGACUGCACCCUCCGGCCAUCUGGAGCAAACUUCUCAAGAGCAGGCUCUAUGCACUAGACCCUAUGGAUCCCUGGUUUCGGUUUGUGCCCCCUCCAGAGCCCCGCCUCCUUUUCGUCACCAUGGAUACAUCAGUCUCCUCCCCACCUCUUCAGAUUCUGAGUCCAGAUAUGGUCCAGACCCAGCUCCAUCAAGCCAUGAAGGACUACCUCAACAUGACAGUCAGCAUUGACCUUGACAAGAAACAGGUGACCAUCCCAGAGUUGUUGGUGUGGUACAGGCGUGAUUUCUCCAGUGAGAAGGUGGACCAGUUUGAUGCCCCUAACGAGGGCCUAGUAAACUUCAUUUCCACCCAGGUAACAGGAAACACAGAGUCUGACCUGAUACAGCUCUUACAGUUAGACCAGGUCCAUGACUUCGGAGAGAACAUCGAUUCUACAGGAAGGAAAGAGCUACCAUUCCUGGUCAAAGUUCAAUGCUUCAACCAUGACAGACAGGUCAAUUUUGAUUGGGAAAUGUUCAAACGUGGAAGCCAUCCUUUGGUGAAGACACACAGGCGUAGUAUUUCAUUACCUCCAUCAAUGGAGAGCUCUGAAGAUCUGAGCUUGGGAAAGGACAACGAAUCAUCCACAUACCAAAUGACCCCUGUAACGCUGGAAUAUGUGAAGGAAGAUUCUCCCCUUUGUGCAACUCUUGUCAGUUUGAUCUGCUCUGACCAACUGGAUGACAUAGAAGAACAUAUAGAAGAUGACUAUUUCGCUGAAAGCUCCCAUAAGAUGUACAAACGGACAAUGUCAGAUAUCAGCUUGGUUGACAUUCGCAGUUAUCGAUACCGUCGACUCACUGAUGACUAUCCGAUUCUAAAACGACAUCUUUUAAAUUUGGUCGUUCCUCUAGCUGCUGCUGAAGAACCCGACAUUAUUAAAUCUGGUGAUCCAAUUUUAAAAUUUGUCACCAGUAGUAUUAGUGACAAGGUCAAAGGUUGCAUGUUGAAUCUCCAUGGCAACAGGGAGUACCAGACCUGUUUAGCAGCCAUUUUGAAUCAGCUUUUCGGAUCGCGGGAUUGGAAAGCAGUCCUAAACAUUCUAACCUGUAUUCCCAUGAUGCAACUCGAUGACUCGCCUCAUUUGAAAAUUUUGUCCGAUUUUGUGGUGUGCUGUGUUGCUACUACUUUGACUAAAUCCAGCUCACUUUGCUCAGCAGUGGAUGCCGAUAUUCUGUGCAAUAGCAUCAGACUUUGUCAUAACAUCAAUCAUCAGGCUAGGACAGCUUUGGCUUUGGCUAAGUUUCUCCCAUUGGACGCCGCUAUGACCCUCCUUGAGUACUGUCUGUCCAAUAAGAAUCUGUGCUCUCAACUGACAGAGGCUCUUCGUGCAAAAAUGACAGAACUGAAAAUCUAUGAUCAGAUAUCGGUGUGUGCCAGAAAACAGAUUCAAGCUGUGGUAGACAUAGCUGAGUCGGUUCUCCCCGUGCUGGGACAAAGACUGGAUGAUGCUGAGAAGCUAACACAGUAUUUGGAUUGGCGGAAUGUGCAGAAAAUGCGGGCUGGAGAUGUCUUGAAUCUUCUGAUCCAGGUGGAUGACUUUGACACGGCCAGAGCUUGGGCAGAGCUUCAUAACAUUUCACAGUCCAAAUAUCAGGAAAUUGAACAAAAGUUUAUCCUGUCAUUACUCUCUCAGUCUCCGCCAAACACUACCAGGGCAUUCAAGAGCCUGGAGUCCAUUUUGAAGACCAGUGAUGACAUGUGCUACACAAUGUGUAAACAGCUGCUGGACAUUGUCAGGGAAUCAGCAAAUGUUCUGUUUCUGACAAACUUUGUGCUGAAUCACCUGAGUAGUAAAAUGUCAGACCAGACAUCAGAUAAUUACAGAUGUCUUAACAUGGGUGCAAAGUCACUACUGAGUCUACCAGAGUCCAUAAGAAGAGAGUAUGAACACCUGAUCACAGCUCCUAAACUCCUUCUUGAACAGCUCCUGAUGAACAUGAAGGCAGAUUUAGCAGGCCAGGUUUUUCGUUUGAUCAAACUUGACUUCUGUAAGGUGAUAAAUUCAAGCCUGAGUCUUGACACUGAAGAAUUUGAUGAACUGUUGUCAAAGUAUGGCACAAAAGCUAUUGAAUUUCCUGUUGUUCAAGUCACAGGGCAAGAAGAAGACCAGAGUCCAUCGCGCUCCUCGCCUCACACUGCGGAUGCUGACCCUAGCUCAUUACCCAAAGCCCCCUUUAUGGAGUCCAUGAGGGUGGGAAGCUCCAGGAGAAGCGUGGAUUAUUCUGCUUUGAGUGUGAAUCGCUCCCUGUUGAGCUCCUCUCAAGGGGCCAGUCCAAACAGAAGGGCCUUUUCUCCACCCUCAUCAAAGUCACCUCUGGCAAAGUUUGUGUUACCAGCUGACCCUCCGCCUAAGGAGAAGUGGGUGCCUGACUCAGCUGUCAGUGUCUGUAUGGUGUGUCAGAUUGAGAGAUUCAGUAUGUUUAACCGUCGGCAUCACUGCAGGCGCUGUGGUCGAGUUGUCUGCGCAUCGUGCUCCACAAAGACAUCGAUCAUCAUGGGUGUUUCUGCGCGCACAUGUGAUGAAUGUUACGAACAGAUGUUCAAACCCAGGUUAGAUGUAUUGAAAGAAGCUGACAUGCGUCGAGAAAGUCUGUCAGCAAGUGUCAGUCCUCUGAACAGGGCACCUCCUGCGUCAUCAGCAGACUCCAGUGUCAUGGGAGGAACAGAGUUGUCUGCCCCUGAGUGGAACAUCAGCAGUGUGAUCAGACACACAGAACAUGAGUGGAAACUGAGGACAGAUGGUGCCUUUAACAUGUACACCAGGGAUGAGUUUUAUUAUGAGCAGGCUCCAAGCGCAUCAUUGUGCAUUUCUAUCCUGUCCAUGAUGAGUAGUCAGUCCAAGGCUGGUCAGAUCAUGUUACAGCUGUGUGAUGAGCUGUCCAAGACACUGAGGCCUAUAGCACCAGGUGUUCCUAACCCAGAGGUGGAUUACAGCCUGGUUAUCAGCAUAAUGAAACACCUGCUAUUCAGAGCCAAAAUGAUCUACAUCCAGAGUGGAGAAGCCCAGGGCCUGGGGAUGUGUGACACAUACCUGAGCAGAGUGGACUUACUGAAUCUCCUGGUAUCUGGCAAUGUGUCAGAUAUUCCAUCUAUACAGGAACUCACCAAGGUUGAGUCAGUUAGCCGCCUGAGAGACCGGUUGAUAGAGGAUGAGCGGUUGCCCUUGGCAAUGGACGUGUCAACUAAGUGCGGGCUGGACACUUCGGGUGUGUGGGCAGCCUGGGGGAUGGCCUGUCUGCAGUGUGCAGACUACACAGGGGCAAGGGAGAAAUUCAACAGGUGUCUAAAGGCUCCUCUAGAUCGAAAUAAAACACAGCAAACUUCCAAACUGCUGCUGGACAUCAUAGACUGCCUUGAAACCAUGCCAAGCACUGGGAACACAGAUGUCAGGAGCAUACUCUCUUCCCCUGGUUCCAUUAAGUCGCUCGUGUCCAUGCCACCUCUUCGCUAUGUCGAUGAAUCGUCCCUGGACAAGGCACAAUUUGAUGAAGCCAUAUACUACCUCAAGGCAUUUGGCUCACACUUGACCAUGGUACAGUUCUAUCGUCGCCAUGGCUACCUGAUGAAGGCAACUCAGUAUAUCCUAGACCAUAAAUGUUCAACAGAAGUGUUUGUGGACGGCCUGCUGAUGCCAUCCUUAAUCCAAGAGGAUCUUGGGAAGUUGGAAGACCAGCUAACCAUGAUUGACCCAACUUUAGAGAAGUGGGGCCCAUACCUGACUGCCACAUGUCGAUACCUGAUGAAGUCUAAACUUAUGCACGUCCUCUACCAAGUCCAGAUAUUCAUGAAGGACUAUAUUCGGGCAGCCCUGAACUGUAUCACCUAUUUCUACCAGCGUGGGGCUCGGACUUACUUGGACCUGGCGGGACGAGUAAAAUACCUGUUUGAGGCUCAGAAACACCUGGAUGCAUACCUUGACCCCAGUAAAUGGGGCAGUGUGCGUCCCCCCAGCUACUCCUCUAGCUCUCCUAAACCCAGCUGGUCUGAUGGUCACAGCUUAGAGAGCUCCUCUGCUAGACUGACUCAGAUGCCACAGGAGGUGAAGAAAUACCUGAAAUCUGUCAUCAUUCAGAUCGAGGUGACUAAGUACAUGGAGAAGAGUAUGACAUCUAAGCCACCAGAUGGCACUGCUAUAGCCAUCAUCCAGAGCCAUCUGACAGGCAAGGAACCGCCCCCGACCGUAUUUGGUAAUGCCAAAGUGAGGGCAGAUGUGGUUACAAUGGUUUUGAUGGUUGGAGAAGAUCUGUUGACAAGUUUUGAUCUGAGCAUGAAAAUAAUCAAGGAAUAUCGACUGAGUGCUGUUCCCAUCCUCAAGCACACUGCUCAUGAGAUGGCCAAGUUCCAUGACUACCCCAGGAUUCAUGAGCUGCUCAGCUGCCUGAAGCAUGCUGGGAUGGAUGAGCCACAGUCUGUGGAUGAGAUCAUCGGGGCUUGUAUUAUCAUCCUCAAGGACGACCCAGCUGAGGCUAAAGAGGUUGAUGGGUUAAUCAAACUGCUGCGGCUGGACUCCAAUAAGAUCAAUGCUAUGAUCCUCGUGGGAAAGCUGAAGUCGGCCUAUCUUCUGGCAGUGAAGUCAGAGAGAGUGGAGGAUGUGCAGAGGAUCAGUGGGGCAGCUCAAAGGAGUGGACAGAGCUCAGUGAGGAACAUCUGCGACAAGUGGCUCAGUCAGAGACUCAAGAAGCCAUGAGGGAUGAGGGUGAGAGGACAGAGGUUGUUAAGGAACAUCUGCUACAAGUGGCUCAGUGAGGGAUUCAAGGUGCUCUGGGGGGUGAGGGAAUGAGGAUCAGAAGGGUACACAGAGCUCAGUUAGGAACAUCUGCGACAAGUGGCUCUGUCAGAGACUGAAGAAGCCAUGAGGGAUGAGUGUGAGAGGACAGAGGUCAUUAAGGAACAUCUGCUACAAGUGGCUCAGUCAAAGAUUCAAGAUGCUCUGAGGGGUGAGGGAGUGAGGAUCAGGGGAAUGGACAGAGCUCAGUGAGGAACAUCUUUGACAAGUGGCUCAGAGACUCAAGCCCUGAGAGGCGAGAGAGUGAGGAUCAGGGAAGCGGGCAGAGCUCAGUGAGGAACAUCUGUAACAGAUGGCUGAGUCAGAAAAUCAAACUACAGAAGUCAUGGCCAGCUCAGAUGUUACUACAGAUGUCAUAAUUGGCCGACGAGGAACUGCAAGAGUUAUAGCUGAAUGAAGUGGAACCACAGAAAUCAUAGCCGGUUGAAACAGAACUACAAAAGUCAUAGCCAGCUGAGACAGAACUACAGAAGUCAUAGCUGGCUGAGAUGGAACUGCAGAAAUCAUAGCUGGUUGAGACAGAACUACAGAAAUCAUAGCCGGCUGAGACAGAACUACAGAAGUCAUAACUGGUUGAGACAGAACUACAGAAGUCAUAACUGGCUGACGUAGAACUACAAAGAUCAAAGCUGGAUGAGAUGGAACUACUGAAAUCAUAGCUGGUUGGGACAGAACUACAAAAGUCAUUCAGGCUGAGGUAGAACAUCAAAAAUCAUAACUGGCUGACGUAGAACUACAAAGAUCAAAGCUGGAUGAGAUGGAAAUACAGAAAUCAAAGCAGGCUGAGGUGAACCUAUAGGAGUCAUAAUUGAGGUGAAACUACAGAUGUCAUGGCUGAGGUGAAAUUACAGAAAAACAGUUUCUCAAAAGUGAAAACGACAUGUACAUUAGCUGACAAAUGGAGUGUAGAUUGUACAUUAAUCCUUAGUACCAAUUCACUGUACCAAAUUUAGUAUAUGUAAUGGGCACUAUAAAAGUCGACAUACAGGUACAUUUUUCACACUAGUGUUGAUAAGUUCCUAAAGCUCUGGUAUACACUAAAACCAUUUGACAUAUGUUAAAUUAGUUUGUAUUAUUUCCUUAUCAUUUUAUGAUGUUAAAAAUUUUCAUUCAGUGCCAAGUAAGAUUUCUAAUAGUCUUAAGUUUUCUUUGGCUCAACAUGACACUGCAUAAUAAUCUACACCAGCUUUGGCUUCUGUGACAUUGAAAAUUCAUCUGUUCGUUGCGAGUAGUACGGAAUAACCGCAUGUUCAUACUAGUCAAGUGGUUUAAAUAUCAUGUGCUGCCAAAUGCCAUUCUUCUAGUAUCAAAGUUUUAUGGUCUUAUCCCUACACUCUCAUUGAUUAUGCAAACAUACAUGUACCUACUCUAAUUCUUCUGAAAUUCGGGACAGAUAUUAGUAGUGUGAUGUUACAUUUCUUUACCAGCCUUUUGGAAAAGUAAAGAUUUGAGUAUGUUGUUUCGUUAGAUGGUCUAACCAUGCGAGAAAAAAGAAACCCAAUAUUCCUGCUACAAUUACAUGUAUACUGGCUAAAAUGAGCAGACCGGGUGUCCCAGAUUGUAGAAGAAAUAGGGUAUUUAUACUUAUAUUUUUAUCAGAAAUUCUAUGUAUGAGCUGAAACAGUGUUAUUUGUAAAUAUGAUGCCAGAUAACAUGUAUGUACAUUCAUUGUGUAAACUUCCACGAAUACUACAAUAUAGGAUAUUUUUAUUUCAUCCCUAAACAUUGAAGUGCUGUUACUAUGACAACAGAGUAAAUAUGACACUACUUACAUAUAUUUAUAAGAUAUCACUGUACAAUAAAACAUCACACUCAACCUAUCUUUAAAAUGUAUUAUGCUCUUGUAUCCAUUUCACUAGUAUAUAAAAUGUAUAUUUGUACAUAUUUUGCAGAGUAAUGGUUCGUUGGUUUUGUUUUGUUAAUGGGAUCAGUUGGUUUUGUUUUUGUUUAGAUAGGCCAUUGAAAGCAUUUUUGUCUUGCACAGAUGUUUUGGAAGUAUAUAGAAGAUUGUACCUGUUGUCGUCCAUUUUGUAUGAAUUGCAUGCAUUUUAUCCAGUUAUGUAUCCUGAGGCAUUCCACAUUAUCAGAGAUAUAUUUGCUGGCAAUUUACAUUUUAUGUGUACAAUAUUUCCUCUAUUAAUGUUAACAUUAAAUUGUAGAGGCCAUAUUCCUUGGUUUUCUGACAGAGCUUCUUUCAACAUUUUGUGUUGAACAGUUUAGGAAAUAAAUUCAGCAUGUAAGUGACAUACUGGGUAAUGCUUGAUGGGACAAAUGUUUGGUACCUUAUAUUAAGUUGCAUAUUAAAUAGUAAAUGGGACUCGGGAGACCCAGUUGUUCAGAAGUGUAUCCGCAAUUAAGCUCUGUAUUAACCUUAGUCUGGGCUUAAGUGCCAUUAGUAUUGUAUUAGGCCAAGGAAGGUAUUAUGAUUUAAACCUGGCUUAACUUUUAAUACAGUUUUGAACAAACAGUCAGGAGAACAUUUGCAAAGUAUAAAACUAUUCCUUUGGACAAUGUUGUUUGUACAUGUCUUGUCUUAGUUUUUGCUUUGUUUUUUUGGGGGGCAUUACGGGUAUUGUCACUCACUUCGAAAACUGAUGUCAGUAUGAGCUAAUUUAUAAUCGCUUUCACAUUUACUUUUCAGAACAAAGAAGGAGGAUGAAUGUUAUAAUCAAGCUGUCAUAGACUAUACUGUAAGAUAAACAAUAACAAAGGGGUAAAUAUAACAAAACAGACACCUGCUACCUUUAUCUAAAUAGGUGUGCAUUAUUUUUAUUAGAGCUUCAUUGUACUUACUACAUUUACAUGUACUUCCAGUGAUGAUCAUUCAUUCUUAAGUGUUUAAACAAUUAAAUGCAUAUCUUUUUUCAGGCAAAAAUGAUUUAAAUGACAAUAAAAUAUUUAAAAUACCA